AGAUUUAAUGAGGAGAGAGGAAGACAUCAUUAUCAUAUUCAAAAUCAAGUUGGUGUUGAAAGAGUUAAUUUUGGUGAUAGAAGAGAAGAUUCAUCAUUACCAGACUUGGCAUUGGCCAUACUGUAGAUUACCAGAAACAGUAGAGCGUGUACUAUUACACUGUUCUGCUUAUGAUAGUGAAAGAGCAUUUCUGUUGGAAGAAUUAAAAGAAAUGGGGAUAGAAAAUAUUACACUUAAAACUCUGUCGAAUAAUGGCUUGAAUCAUUAUAAAAUAUAUAAUGCUUUAAUGACAUACUUAAAAAAGUAGAUCUGUUUACUAGUAUUUAGAAAUGUGUGUGUGUGUGUGUGUGUUUUAAUUUAUUUAGUUCCUCCUAUUCCCCCAAUAGCGUCCCAUCAACGGUCCACACUGCAGCCCAGAAGGUGGCUAUAGGAUGCACCUAUCGUUUGUUUGCCAACCGCCAUAAAACUCCAAAAGAAGAAGAAGAAGAGUCAUAGAUGAAAGUGAAAGUAAAUGUGAAUGUUGCAGUUGAUGUUGCCAUUUUAAACAGACAGAAUACAACACAAAGUAUCUUUAAAUCAUUACUGAGAUGUAUAUAUGCUUCGGCAGGAAUUGUGUGUAGUUAGAUGGGAAUGUGAAUCGUCAGCGGAGAUCAAACUCUUCAGAUCCACAAACAUCUGGAGAUGAAGAUUAUUUUCCAGGAUGCAGCUCAGUUCAUCAGAAGAGAUCAUAUCCAGAGUCCUGCUGUGUGUCUGUGAGUCUAUGGAUCGACCGAUAAUGUUUAACAGUGGAGAUUCAAGUGGUCUCAGUUCAGCUCAUCAGAAGAGAUUAUAUCCAGACUCCAGCUGUGUGUCUGUGAGGAGUGGCGCGUCUAUGGAGCAGCCAAUGAGCUUUAACAGUGGUCACAGUUCAGCUCAUCAGAAGAGAUUAUAUCCAGACUCCAGCUGUGUGUCUGUGAGGAGUGGCGCGUCUAUGGAGCAGCCAAUGAGCUUUAACAGUGGUCACAGUUCAGCUCAUCAGAAGAGAUUAUAUCCAGACUCCAGCUGUGUGUCUGUGAGGAGUGGCGCGUCUAUGGAGCAGCCAAUAAGCUUUAACAGUGGUCUCAGUCGUCCAGUUCAUCAGAAGAGAUCAGAACCAGAUUCGAUCCGUGUGUCUGUGAAGAGUCACACGUCUACGGUUAGGCGACGACAUUUCAAGACUAGAGAUACACGGCCUGGUCUCAGCCAUGAUGUUUUCAGCGCAUUUAGAUCAAAUCUGAAGAGGAAGUUUGGUCGUCUGUAUGAGGGAACAGCGACGCAGAGAAACCCAACACUCCUGAAUGAGAUCUACACAGAGCUCUACAUCACAGAGAGUGAGAGUGGAGAGAUCAGUAAUGAGCAUGAGGUGAGACAGAUUGAGACACAAUCCAGGAGAGCAGCAACAGAGGACAUGGCCAUCAAAUGCAAUCACAUCUUUAGACCUUUACCUGGACAAGACAAAGCCAUCAGAACUGUGCUGACAAAGGGAGUCGCUGGCAUUGGAAAAACAGUCUCUGUGCAGAAGUUCAUCCUGGACUGGGCUGAAGGGAACGAGAAUCAGGACGUCCAGCUCAUAUUUCCACUGCCUUUCAGAGAAAUCAAUCUGAUGAAGGACAAAACACUCAGUCUUUCAGAUCUUCUUCAUGUCUUUUUCCCUGAAACUAAAGAAAUGGAAAUAUCCAGUGAUGAAUAUAAAGUGUUGUUCAUCUUUGAUGGUCUGGAUGAGUGUCGUCUGUCUCUGGAUUUUCAGAGUGAUGUGAGGUUGUGUGAUGUAAGUGAAUCAGCCUCAGUGGAUGUGCUGCUGAUGAACCUGAUUGUGGGGAAUCUGCUUCCCUCUGCUCUCAUCUGGAUCACCUCCAGACCAGCAGCAGCUGAUCUCGUCCCCUCUGAGUGUGUCCAUCGAGUGACGGAGGUACGAGGCUUCAAUGAGCCACAGAAGGAGGAAUACUUCAGGAAGAGAAUCAGUGAUCAGAGUCUGGCUGACAAGAUAAUCUCACACCUGAAGUCAUCAAGGAGCCUCUACAUCAUGUGCCACAUCCCAGUCUUCUGCUGGAUCUCAGCCGCUGUUCUGGAGAAGAUGUUGAGUCCAGCAGAGACUGGAGAGAUUCCCAAGACUCUCACUCAAAUGUACACACGCUUCCUGAUCCUUCAGACCAACAUCAAACGUGAGAAGGACUAUGAGAAGAAGGUGACAGAUGAAGACAUGAUCCUCAAACUGGGGAAGCUGGCUCUCCAGCAGCUUGUGAAAGGCAACCUGAUCUUCUAUGAGGAAGACCUGAGAGAGUGUGGCAUUGAUGUGGCAGAAGCAUCAGUGUACUCAGGAUUGUGCACUCAGAUCUUCAGAGAGGAGUUGGGCUUAUAUCAGGGGAAAGUCUUCUGCUUUGUUCAUCUGAGCAUUCAGGAACAUCUAGCAGCUCUAUAUGCGCACAAGUCCUUUAUAAUCAACAACAUCAUUGAUCAAACCAAAGAAAGUCUUUUCUCUGUCUCAAACUGGAUGAAGUCAUUAUCUAAGCUGCAUCAGAGAGUUGUGGAUGAGGCUUUACAGAGUAAGAAUGGACAUCUGGAUCUUUUCCUGCGUUUCCUUCUGGGUCUCUCAGUGGAGUCCAAUCAGACUCUGUUACAAAAACUACUGACACUGACUGGAAGCUGCUCCUACAACAAAAAGAAUACAGUUCAGUACAUCAAACAGAAGAUCAGGGAGAAUCACUCUCCAGAGAAAUCCAUCAAUCUGUUCCACUGUCUGAAUGAACUGGGUGAUGAUUCACUGAUGCAGGAGAUCCAACAUUAUCUGAUCUCUGGAAAAAUAAGAAAAGCCAAACUCUCGUCUUCACAGUGGUCAGCUCUGGUUUAUGUGUUGCUGACAUCAGAGCAGAAGAUGGAUGUUUUUGAUCUGAAACAUUUUAUUGGAGCACAACAUACAGCAGAUGAAGUUCUUCAGAAUCUGUUACCUGUGGUUAAAGAAUCCAGAUCAGUUCGGCUAUGUGGGUGUAAUCUCACUGCUCAGUCCUGUGAGAGUAUGUCUUCAGCUCUACAAUCCUCAAACUCUGUUCUGAGAGAGCUGGACCUGAGUAACAAUGACCUGCAGGAUUCUGGGGUGAAGCUGCUUUCUGAUGGACUGAAGAGUCCAAACUGUCAGCUGCAGAUACUGAGGCUAUGUGGGUGUAAUCUCACUGCUCAGUCCUGUGAGAGAAUGUCUUCAGCUCUACAAUCCUCAAACUCUGUUCUGAGAGAGCUGGACCUGAGUAACAAUGACCUGCAGGAUUCUGGGGUGAAGCUGCUUUCUGAUAGACUGAAGAGUCCAAACUGUCAGCUGCAGAUACUGAGGUUGUCUGGCUGUAUGGUGACAGAGGAGGGCUGUAGUUAUGUAUCCUCAGCUCUGAGUUCAAACUCCUCACACUUGAGAGAGCUGGAUCUUAGCUACAAUCACCCAGGAGAUUCAGGAGUCAAGCUGCUCUCUGAAAAACUGGAGGGUCCAAACUGCUCACUGGACAAACUCAAUGUGGAUCAUGGAGGAGAGAUCAGGAUUACAGCAGGACUGAACAAAUUUGCCUGUUUUCUCACACUGGAUCCAAACACAGCACACACUGAACUACUUCUGUCUGAGGAGAACAGAGAGGUGACACGUGUGAGAGAGAAACAGCCGUAUCCUGAUCAUCCAGACAGAUUUGAUUAUUAUCAGCAGGUGUUGUGUAGAGAGAGUGUGUGUGGACGCUGUUACUGGGAGCUGGAGUGGAGUGGAGAUCAUGUUGUGGAGAUAUCAGUGUCAUAUAAGAGCAUCAGCAGGAAGGGAUCGGGUAAUGAGUGUGUGUUUGGAUAUAAUGAUCAGUCCUGGAGUUUGUUCUGCACUCCCUCCAGAUAUUUAUUCAUACACAAUAACAUAAAGACAGUUCUCCCUGUGAAGUCCAUCAUCAGUAGAAUAGGAGUGUAUGUGGAUCACAGUGCAGGAACUCUGUCCUUCUUCAGCGUCUCUGACACAAUGAGCCUCAUCCACACAGUCCAGACCACAUUCACUCAGCCGCUCUAUCCUGGGUUUGGGGUUUAUAAAGGAUCAUCAGUGAAACUGUGUAGAUGAAUGACAAUAGACUGAUGAGAGAUUCUACCCAUAAUGCUUUGAGCUGCAUGAUAGAGUUAUUAUAGAGUCUCUUCAUGACAUUAAUCCUGCAGCUGAACUUCUGUCUCUGAAAUAACAUGAAUCAGAAUAAAUGUGUUAAUAAAUGAUUGACGAUGUGUUUCUGUGCUUUUCUCAACCUGUUUGUGUUGAUUCAGAUCAGUUUUUACUGUAGUGUCACAUUAUUAAAGUACCUUUACAAACAUGAUUCAUAAAGUUUAUAAUUUAUCAUUUGAUUUUUCUCUAUUGUUUUUGUGCUCAAAUAAUACACUGAAAAAUAAACUUGUUCAGAUUUUAAUUCACGAUGAAUAUUUCUGUAUUUAUAUGUAACGUCAUGAAAUUAUAAGAGCAAAAAAUGGUCAAAAUAAAUGAAUUGUGAUGUUUA